AUGGACGUCAAGGGGGCGUUUGAUUCCGUCUUACGAAACCGACUUAUUGUCAGGCUACGACAGCAGGGCUGGCCUAGUAGCCUGAUCAGACUGAUCUACACCUUCACCUCUAGCCGAACAGCCUGCGUCAGGCUAGAGGAUACUACUACAGAGGACUUCCCUCUAUCCUGUGGACUACCGCAAGGCUCUCCACUAUCCCCUAUCCUCUUCCUGCUCUAUAUAGCUGAUAUCCUAGCUGAUGAUCGGAAGCUACGGUUUGGCUAUGCAGAUGAUAUAGGCUUAGUAGCUACUAGCCCCUCGCUAGAAGAGAACGCUACAGCCCUAGGCCAGGAGAUCACUAGUAUCCUCAGCUGGGGAACAGAAAAUAAAGUCGCCUUUGACCCAGCUAAGUGUGAGGCAAUCCACUUCAGCAGAAAACAUCAACAGACAACAGACCUACCAGAUAUCCAAGCCAGAGGCCUAACUAUCAAGGCCUCAAUAAAGCCUAUAAGAUGGUUAGGGGUCUGGUUUGAUAGGAGACUCACCUUCCAACACCAUGUAGGAAUAAAGGUAGCAGCAGCAAAGAAGGUAGCCUAUUUCCUACAGCACCUUACAAACACAAAAGGGGGGCUCCCAGCAGCUGCAGUUCGAAAAGCAGCUAUUGCUUGCGCCCUCCCAAUAGCCCUAUAUGGAGCUGAGACCUGGUAUGCAGGCUUAACCAGACCAGCCCUGAACAGCAGCACCAGUAUAGUCGGCACAGGACAGAAGGGUUUAGCCUGUAGAGUCGGAAGAGUUAUUACAGCAGCAGCAAGGGCUAUCCUACCUGUCUGGAGGACCACACCAACCAGUGCCCUCAUCCGAGAUGCUGGCCUACCAACAGCAGAGGUGGCCCUUGAGGCAGCGCGACUACGCUUCGCUACACGCCUACAGAAGGUUGACCAACAACAUCCCUUGGUCCCAAGGCUUCUACAGCCAGGGCGGCAGCAGACCAGGCUCCAAAGAACAGCUGGCCUCUUACCUAGGUGCCCAAGGCCAGCACUCCUACAGCCGCAAUACCCCCUAGGGUCUCACCACCCUAUAGUCACACAGACGAAGGAAGCAGCAGCAAGGAUCUUCCAGGCCUGGCUUAAGACUGUGCCAGAUAAGCAUACUAUUAUCUACUCAGACGGCUCUAAGGCCCCUGAUGGCGCUACAGGGUUUGGCUUUGUUAUAUACCGUAAGAACAAACGUAUAGCCCAGGGCUGCGGCCGCCUCAGCUUAGCAGAAGUGUUUGAUGGGGAGGCUGAGGGGGCGAGGGCAGGGCUCCGACGGGCCCUCCUUACCUCCCAGGGCCAGCCUAUACAUAUCUGUAUCGAUAAUACCAGCGUUAUCCAGGGGAUCCGAGGCAGGGUCCCAGACUCCUCACAAGCGGCCUUCCUUGAGAUCCAAGAGGCAGCUAGGACGUAUGACAUACGAACCCAUUGGUCCCCAGGGCAUGAAGGCAUCAAAGGGAACGAGGAAGCAGACAGCCUAGCCAAGGAGGGCACAACCAUGCCAGCCCCUAGGGGCCAACUAGCCACCCUGUCAGGGAUCAAACGGCUAGCUAGAGAACGUAUAUGCCGCCAGUAUAGAAAAUGGUGGAAGCAAGAUGCAACACCCCGCUAUACCCAAAUAGGGCUUAAGGCUUCCCUUGCCUGCCCCCCUGAACUAGCCCUGCCACGGGCUAUACUCCAUCAUCUCCUAGCAGCCCGGUCAGGCCAUGGAGACUUCGAACAAUACCAUCAACGCUUUAACCAUACAGAAGCACUGCUUACCUGCUCCUGUGGGGAGGCAAAGGAGGCAGACCACCUAGUCUACUGCCGAAAGACCUUAGCGAGGAGGCUUCAGUGGCCCACCCUCCACCCCUCUAGUCCACAGGAGCCUAUAGGACCAAUAGGAUCUCUGGAUCGAUACUACAAGGGGCUAAUCACUGAUCAUGAAGGCUUCCAGGCCUUUCUCUGCGUGACAGAUUUCUUCCGGAAGAUCUGCCCGCGGUACUAG